GAUUUGUGCGCACACCACGCCUACAUCUUGCGUUAUGGCGGCGUAUCACAGAAAUGAGGUACACAGUCUGUUAUGAAGAAAGGACUGUGCUUUGCAAUGAAGUCGGUACGCGUAAUAAUUUUGAAUGGUAAUGCGAUUAAUAGCGCGCGUUUGAAACGUGAACGAUGAUAAAUCAGAACCAAUUUGUAAAUUAUUCAAACGUCAGAUGGUGUCGAUUAAUUAAUUUACUGCAGUGAAUUCGAGUUUUCUAUAUUGUGUCAUUGACUCGAGACGAAGUGUCAAAAUCGUUCGAGCUCGCCUUGACUUGUGUUCGAUGAAACUUGAUCGAGAUAGAUCUACACUGGAAAUUCAUUUUAUGGAACGAAAUCGGACUAUCUAAAUCGCAUAUACCUUGGCUAAUCAUCGUUACUGAGCAAAAAACUGUUAUUGCACCUGACUGCAGUUUUACAUGGAAAUGAAAAGAUGUAUGUGACGCCAGAGCUUAUGUUUUCUUUUUAUUAAAGCCUUUCCGAGUGAUAGGUUUACAUACAGUGAUUUUAGCAGAAUUCUACAGACUUCAACGCCAUUCGUUAUUAGAUGCUCAGUGAAAUAGAAUGUUAAAAUCGAUGGCAACAGAUCUCUAUAUGUAAUUAACUAUCGAUAUGUGCUUAAUCAUGAUAUCAAUGAGAACAAAUAAUCAAACACUCAUCAGGAUGUGUUUCCCUAAUGUUUAUCAUUGAUCACUUCUUUGCUGAGGUCAGAGAGUGAUGCCGGUUCAUCAGAUCAAUGUUAAUCCGCCUGAUUGGCAACCACCUCUGUCACUUGGUCCUUCCAAUAAUAAUAGUCCUGCCACUGACGAAAACUUACCAGAAUGGACCCUAAAGGAAUCAACAUACGCAACAGUAGUUACAAUUAUACCAGACCAUUGUCACUCAUCUGUGAGUACAUUAUCCUCCAGCAAUCAUGAUAUUUGUAGAAUAUGUCAUUGCGAAGGCGAAGAAGGUGCUCCUCUGUUAGCACCCUGCUACUGCAGUGGUAGUCUACGCUAUGUACAUCAAACUUGCCUUCAAGAAUGGAUAAAAGCUUCUGACACACGUGCUUGUGAAUUAUGCAAAUUCACAUUUAUUAUGCAUUCUAAAACCAAACCAUUUUGUGAGUGGGAGAAACUAGAAAUGUCAGCGCUAGAAGUUCGUAAAUUAUGGUUUGCAGUUGUUUUCCAUACAGUGGCUACACUUUGUGUAGCUUGGUCUUUAUAUGUACUUGUUGAACGAUCUGUGGAAGAAGCAUUGCGUGGUUACGUAGAUUGGUCUUUCUGGACUAAAUUGAUAGUUCUUGUAAUUGGUUCUACAGGCGUUUUAGUUUUUAUGUUUAUUCAAUGUAAAUCAUACAUUAUACUAUAUAGAAAAUGGCGAGCAUUUAACAGAGAAAUAUUCAUUCAAAAUGCUCCUGAAAAAGUGGUGCUUCCUCCUUCACCUACAGACUCUUUGCCUCUAAAAGAGCUUGGUCAUACCAUAUUACCCUGUAAUAUAGACCCUGCAUGUGCCUCGCAGAUGGUAAAACCAGAUUCUGUCGCGACACCACAGAGGCACGAAACUCACAUGAAACUUUACGUAUUUGAUAAAUUGUCUUCAUUGGAAGACAAUAUGUAAUGUGGUUGAGGUAAUAUGGAUGACUGUUAAUUGUGUAUCGAUAACUAGCGAAAUUGUAAUACAAGCGUCAGCAUGUGUCUAGAAUAUGCCCUAAUUCUGGAAAAAUAUACAAUUUCGAAAAAUCGAAGUUUCUAUUUGGAAACUUUCAAAUGUCCGCCCUUACGGAGCACCUUAAUCUGAAACUUAGUACUUCAGUGCUUACAUUGACAAUGGGAUAGCUGAAAGUGUCUAGCCAUUGAGCUAGUACUUUGUCAGACAUUUGUGUACAUAAUUAUUGUAUCUGUGAUGUUAUUAAAUAAACUUUACCAUAUUUAAACAAUAUAUCCAACAA